AUGUCCGCCCUCGAGUCGUGGGAAGACGACCCCGCAGCUCAGGAUGAGAAUUUGUCCAAGCAGACACAGCAGUGCCUGAAUCUCAACGCAGAGCAGCAAACACAGCAACAGCAACAGCAAGGCUUUCGCACACAAGUAACCUCGUUUCAACCCGGCGCCGCUACGUUUCAACCCGGGGCUGCUUCAUUCCACCCCGGCCAGCAGUACCAGCCAUAUGGUGGCUACCAACAACACCCGCAAUACCAUCAGGCAGCUGGGGGAUAUGGAGGCUACCCACAACAACAGUACCCUCAAUACAAUCAACAGUACAUGCAGCAACCAGGGGCUUACCAGGGUGGCUACCAGGAUGGUCAGUAUGCCGGCUACAACCAAGGUUACAACCAGUAUCAGCAGCAAGCCCCUCCCCCACAGAACCAGCAGGAACAGUGGCAGCCACAGUCGAUUGCUGAACAGCCAAAGCCCGCAGCCGACCCAAAACCUACCUCCUCCGAACCCUCUAAUUCAUCUCCAGCAUCUCAGCCACCCAAAGCCAAAGUGUUAACGAUCGGCGGGGAUAUUCCCAAAUCCAAGGCGCCUGCUGCCAGUGCAGCCACUGCCGCUGGAACACAGAAAUCAACUGGACCUGCAGCCGCGGCCGCUGGUGCUAAGGUAACUGCCACGAAAGCCAUCGAGAAGACUGAGAAGAAGGCGGCUGCUAGUGGAAACGCUUCCCCAACGCCAUCAUCAGGGCGAUCAUCCCCCGGCCGUGCCGACAGCAAACCCGCGGCUCGUGAUGCAGAUAUUGUUGCAAAAGAGCAGGCUGCUGAUGUUGAUGAAGCUACGCUCAAGGAGAUUUACGGAGAAAAACGAGAGCAUGUCAACCUUGUAUUCAUCGGCCAUGUUGAUGCUGGAAAGUCAACACUGGGUGGAAGUAUUCUAUACUGCACAGGCAUGGUGGAUGACCGAACGAUGGAAAAAUACAAGAAAGAAGCCAAGGACGCUGGGCGUGAAACUUGGUACCUUUCGUGGGCUCUUGACUUAACCAACGAAGAACGAUCCAAGGGUAAGACUGUGGAAGUUGGUCGUGCAUUCUUCAAGACCAGCGGAGAUACCCCUGAUGGGCCUAUGACACGACACUACACCAUUCUCGACGCACCCGGACAUAAGUCGUUUGUUCCCAACAUGAUCGGAGGUGCUUCCCAAGCCGAUGUAGGCGUCCUAGUCAUUUCUGCUCGAAAGGGUGAGUACGAAACCGGUUUCGAGCGAGGUGGCCAAACUAGGGAGCACGCAUUACUGGCAAGGAAUUCUGGUGUGAAAAAACUGAUCAUCGUGGUUAACAAGAUGGACGACCCAACUGUCGAAUGGAGCAAGGCGCGCUAUGAUGAAUGUACGACAAAGAUUGGAAAGUACGUUGAAGCUUUAGGUUACAAGAAAUCAGACCUUCACUUCAUGCCUAUCUCCGCACAGAAAACUAUUGGUAUCGAUAAGGCUGUCCCCAAGGAUCUCGCACCAUGGUACGACGGCCCUGGGUUGCUCCCGUACCUGCACAACAUGAAAAUGCCAGAGCGUAAGAUCAAUGCUCCUUUUAUGAUGCCGAUUAGCGCAAAAUAUAAGGAUAUGGGAACUGUCAUCGAAGGCAGAAUCGAAUCUGGCGUGCUCAAGAAAGGUGCCACCUGUAUCCUCAUGCCCAACCGACAAGAAAUCACCGUCACAUCCCUAUACGGUGAAACUGAAGACGAGAUUCCUACUGCUACAUGCGGUGACCAGAUUCGUGCUCGUCUCCGAGGCGUUGAGGAAGAAGAUAUCCUUCCAGGUUUCGUUAUGUGUUCGCCCAAGCGACCCGUACAUUGUGUUUCCGCUUUCGAGGCCAAGAUUCGUAUUCUUGACUUGAAGAGCAUUCUUACUGCUGGAUUCAACUGUGUGAUGCAUGUGCACUCUUCUAUUGAAGAAGUUACCUUUGCUGAACUUCUGCAUAAAGUUCAGAAGGAGACAGGACGAAAGAGCAAGAAACCACCAGCGUUUGCCAGCAAGGGCCAAACUAUCAUUGCCCGGUUGGAGAUCACCAGCGGAAGCAGUGCUGUUUGUGUUGAGAGGUUUGAAGAUUAUAAUCAGCUCGGGCGCUUCACCCUCCGUGAUCAGGGUCAAACUAUUGCCAUUGGAAUGAUCACCAAGUUGAUCACUGAUUCCGCCCCUGCCGCCGCAUAA